AUGAUCAGCAUCGUUCCUCAAGAGCCGGUUUUGUUCUCUGGAACCAUUCGAUCGAACAUUCUCUACGGAUCGGAGCAUGCAACCGAAGAGCAGUUCAACGAGGUGGUCAAGGAAAUGAACAUCGACGCUUUCAUUAAAGACAUGCCGAUGGGUUUCGAUACGUGGCGUUUCGAAUUGCUGAUGAGACGUAGAGUGAUCGGAGAACGUGGCAGUGGAAUCAGCGGAGGCCAAAAACAACGCCUUGCGAUCGCGCGAAGUCUUCUGCGAAACCCGAAAGUUAUCAUAUUAGACGAGCCAACAUCGGCGUUGGAUGGUGAAAAUGAGAAAUUGGUGACGAAUACGAUUUACCACGAUGUGAACAGGAAUCGAGACAAGACGAUCAUCAUGAUUACGCAUCGUCGCGAGAGUAUAAUGCAGUGCGACAGGUUGUAUGUGCUGAACAAGGGAGAAUGCAUUGAAGAAGGAAGCUUCGAAUCGCUCAUGGAGAAGAAGGGCUACUUUUAUAAUCUUUUUAAUACCGCAAACUCUCUUGUUUGUUCUGAGUAG